AAUAUCUUAGAUACCAUUCUGAGAGAAAAAUCAUAAUUACUAUGUUCUGUCACGAAUGAGACUCGUGUGGACCACUCUCAUGUUUGUGGUUCAACUUCAUUUUUCUUCUUAAAUACAGUAACACAACCCUACACUUUCCUUGUCUUAACUCUCUUUCACUUCUACAUAUGGCAGAAGAAGCUCAAGAACUGCAACUUCACAUAAUAGAUGCUAAUGAAGCCAGAGAAACAUUUUCGUCGGAGGAAAAUAGCUUUCCGGAUCAAAUAAUGACCGAGUCAAUUAUGAUGAGAAGAAAAAGUAGAUAUUAUUUGAAGAUAGCCAUUUACGCUGUAUUUGUGUUGGUAGGGCAGUCAGCUGCAACACUUCUUGGAAGAUUGUAUUAUGAAAAAGGAGGAAAGAGUAAAUGGAUGGCAACAGUUGUUCAACUUGCUGGUUUUCCAAUUCUAUUACCAUAUUAUUUUUUCAUCUCAUCAACCAAAAAAAUCACCAUAAAUAAUAAAAAUAAUAACAUUAUUGAUCCAAUUCCAAAUCAAGCAUCUGUUUUCAUGCUAUCUUUUGUCUAUGUCUCACUUGGUCUCAUUGUUGGAUUUCUUUGUUACUUAUUUUCAUUUGGGCUGUUAUACCUACCUGUCUCUACUUUUACACUUAUUUGCUCAUCACAGUUAGGUUUCAAUGCUUUAUUUGCUUAUUUCCUGAAUUCACUCAAGCUCACACCUUGCAUAAUAAACUCCUUAGUCCUUCUAACAAUUUCUUCUUCCCUCCUUGUGUUCCAAAGUGAGUCAUCCAAUUCCACAAAUGUUUCAAAGAAUAUGUAUGUGAUUGGAUUCAUCUGCACUUUAGCUGCAUCUGCAGGCUACGGAUUGGUCCUUUCCCUUACACAACUAGCUUUCAAGAAGGUUGUGAAGAGUGAGAGUUUUAAAGCUGUUAUGGAUAUGAUAAUAUAUCAGUCAUUGGUAGCUACUUGUGUUCCUCUAGUAGGACUUUUCGCAAGUGGAGAGUGGAAUGGUAUACAGAAAGAAAUGGAAGAGUAUGAGUUGGGGAAAGCUUCUUAUGUGCUUGAUCUUGCAUUCACAGCAAUAGGUUGGCAAGUUUUUAAUAUUGGUUGUGUUGGACUUAUUUUUGAGUUUUCUUCUCUAUUUUCUCUUGCUAUUAGUGUAGUGGGUUUGCCUAUUGUUCCUAUACUAGCUGUGGUUUUCUUUCAAGACAAAAUGCAUGGGAUUAAAGCCAUUUCUAUGGUGCUAGCUGUUUGGGGCUUUAUAUCUUAUAUGUAUCAGCAGUAUUUGGAUGAGAGCAACGGCGAGGCGGGAAAGAGAGACACUCGUCACGUUACUAAAGGUACUUCACCUUUAGAAGUGGAUGAAAGAAGAGGGUGAUCACGGCCAUGAAGAACUAGUUUAAUAUGUAAAUUUAAAAAAAUUGAGUUGGUUCAUAUCAUUGGUUCGUUUUAUAUUGUUGUGAACCAUAUAUGAUUAGUUUGUAUAUUGGGUUAAGAACUCAAACCAACUUGAAUAAUGAUAAAUCAUGUCAUAUCAUUAGAAUCAGACAAAUUAAAAUUAAUAUAGAUGAUAAUGAUGUGUAGAUGUUGAAUGAUAUUAGAAAUAUUCCGGAA